AAUUUCCCCUUAUUAAACCAAGGAACAAUACAAGUACGUAGUACAGCUGACGUUGAGGUGAUGCCAUGGAUGCAGCCAAGGACCUGCUCAAGAGAGCAGUUGAACUGGACACUGCUCAGAAAUACUCGGAGGCUAUGAUAUGCUAUGAGCAAGGAGUGCAGAACCUCCUCAGACAAAUGAAAGAUACACCGAGCGAGGGAGCGCGAAAAGAGUUGAGAUUAAGGGCAGAGCAAUACUUGGAACGAGCAGAACACCUCAAACAACUGAUCAAGGAACAAGAGAGGCCUGCUGAGUCUGUCCAUUCUCUGCGCAUUGCCCCUGGGUCAACUGGGUACAGCUAUGAGGCUGUGUUUGAGAGGUGCCUCGAUGGAAACGUCCAUUCUGUUGCCGUGCAAGACCCCUACAUUAGAGUGAGGCAUCAAAUUUAUAACUUUGUCCGGUUUUGUGAGCUGCUGGUGAAGAAGUGUAAGAAACUGAGCAAAAUUAGCCUCACCACCACGAGUGGGGAAUCACCAUCCGAGUCCUCUCAAGCCAGUUCCCUGACAGAGCUCCAGGAGAGUUUAAGAGAGAGAGGGGUGAAGCUGGAGGUUGCUUACUCUCCCACCUUACAUGACAGAGAAAUAAGGUUCAGCAACGGUUGGAUCGUCAAACUAGGCAGAGGGUUGGACUAUUUUCAGAAACUUAAGGGUCCGUUCACGAUUGGAUUCAACGAUUUUGACCUUCGACCUUGCCACGAAACUACCAUAGAGAUGUAUCAUAAACUGAACGUUAAGAGCGUUAAAACUCAAUGAUUGUUCAACAAUACUAUCACUUGUUAAUUUCAAUUGUUAAUGUAUAAUGAGUUUAUAAAUAUCA